AUGAGUGACGCACCUCCAUUCGACGCUUUCCCGGACCCCCGCAGUCCCGACGAUCACAGUCAUUCCGGGAAGCAGCACAAUAUGACAAUUCCCCCACAUUCUGUUACUCCUAAAAUGGACCACACAAAUGGAAGUCACGACUUUCAAGGACACGCUGAAUUCCCUGACCAACUACAGUUUGGGUUCAAUGUACCGUCCCCCUCCCCAAUGUCUCCCCAUUCGUCCGCUGCCGUGGGUAGCUCUGACGAGGGGUCUUUUUUGCAACCUUUCGACGACGACGAGGAAGACAUGCCUCGACCCAUGGAACAUAUCAUAAAAUGGAAGACCAUUCGCGAUCAAGCGAUUAUCGUCACAGGCACAGACACAUACAUACCCCAGUCAAUAUAUCAACCAUACACAGAGAAAGAUCGUGUCCGUUACAUCGAGAAAGCCGAUCUUAAGGAGCCCAUCACAUUUAAGACAGCGCAUCCUGACCAAUGGGGCAUAGUGCUCGAGGACGCGCUGAAAGCCAAGAUGAAGAACCUCAUCGAUAAAAAUGACAAUAUGUUCGAGAACUGCGGGCCCUCUGUCUCCAUCCGGCUUCAGUGGCCCGGGUACCGUGCUUGGACCAGGCAGAUUCCUACGAUGGACUUCAAAAGUCCAAAAGGUCCUAUCACCAGAGCUAAAUUGGCUAAAAAUAUCGCCAUUUGCGUGAAACGAUUCAUCGAAGAAAAGGAAAAGGAACGUAUGGAAAUGGAAGCAGACCGUAGGUGGAGAGUUGGAGCAUGCUAUAUCAGAAUGGAGGACCUUAUCUUGGUGUCCCUGCACCAUAUUUCGAAAGGCGGCUGGCAGCCUCAGCUACGUCUACGCACUGCAUUGAGUGAUAUUCAACUUCGGCGCCUUCAACCUCAAGCCUCGCUUUCCAUCGCAUAUUGA